AUGAAUUUGCCGAGCAGAACGAGCUGGAUAUAUCUCCUGGUCGUGCUGCUGGAGUGUUUCUGGGAAGCGGUGUCUGGGCAGCUGUCUUACUCCGUCUCAGAGGAGGUCAAUCUGGGGACUGUUGUCGGAAAUAUCGCUAAAGAUCUGAACAUCAAUGUUCAGGAUUUGGAGCCCCGCAUGUUUCAGAUCGUUGCAGGAUCUAAGAGGAAAUACUUCGAGGUAAAUCUAAAGACUGGUGCCCUGUACGUUAACGAGAGAAUAGACAGAGAGGAGCUCUGCGGCGACGAGAACAAAUGUUCCCUCAGUGUAGAAGCAGUCAUUAAUAACCCUUUAAAACUGUACCGGAUUGAAAUCAUAAUCUUAGACGUGAAUGAUAAUUCACCGUCAUUUCUCAGCUCAUCACAGGAAAUUAACAUAACUGAGAACACAGCUGCAGCGGCUAAAUUCCCAUUGCAAAAGGCUCACGAUGCAGAUGUUGGUCAAAAUACUGUUAAUAGCUACAAGCUUAGCCACAAUGAACAUUUCUCUCUCGCUACACAUAAAGGAGAUAGUAUAUCUGUUGAAUUACUGCUUCAGAAAGUUUUAGACAGUGAAAAACAAUCCUUGAUUCGACUCAUACUGACUGCUAUUGAUGGAGGAACUCCAGCUAAAUCUGGCACAAUGGUCAUAAUAGUGAAUAUUUUGGACAUUAAUGAUAACGCUCCUGUAUUCAGUCAAACUCUGUACAAAGCUAGUGUGUAUGAGAACGCCAAGAUUGGAACAUCGAUAAUAACACUGAAUGCUACUGACUUAGAUCCAGGCCAAAAUGGGAAAAUAGUGUACUCAUUAAGUAAAAUAGACCGUUUGACCAAAACGGAUCUGUUUGCUAUAGAUGAAAAAACUGGGACUAUAGUAAACAAGAACACUAUAGACUUUGAAGAGAACAAUGCUUUUGAGAUUCGAGUACAAGCAAGUGACGGAGCUUCCUCACCGAUGACCUCACAUGCAAAAUUAUUGAUUGAAGUUUUAGACGUCAAUGACAAUGCCCCUCACAUUUCAGUGACUUCUCUGUUAAACACCGUGAAGGAGGAUGCAGCCCUAGGCACCGCCAUUGCACUUGUUUCAGUAUUUGAUAAAGACGGAGGUAAAAAUGGGAUAGUGAACUGUAAAAUGUCCAAUAAUGUUCCUUUUAAAUUAGAGUCUAAUUACAAGAAUUACUAUUCGUUGGUGGUGGACGGUCCUCUCGACAGAGAGAGUGCGUCUCAAUACAACAUCAGUAUCACUGCUACUGAUGAGGGCAGCCCACCUCUCUCCAGCACGAGCGUUAUUAAUGUGCACGUCUCAGAUGUAAAUGAUAAUAAACCUCUAUUCACAGAAAACAUAAUCAAUGUAUAUGUGAAAGAAAACAGUCCGGUAGGAGCAGUUAUAAAAACCGUUUCAGCCAUUGAUGCAGACAACAAUCAAAAUGGUCAGGUGAGCUAUUCCAUUUUACAAAGUAACAGUAACUCGUUGCCUCUCUCUAUAAUGGUGAACAUAAACUCAGAGACUGGAGAUAUAGUCAGCCUGCAGUCUUUUAACUAUGAGGAGUUAAACACGUUUCAGUUUAAAGUCCAGGCCACAGACUCUGGUGUUCCUCCUCUCAGCAGCAACGUGACUGUGAACGUUUUAAUUCUGGAUGAAAAUGACAAUAAUCCAACUAUUCUCGCGCCCUAUUCUGAGCAUGGCUCCGUUAACAGUGAGAGCAUCCCCUAUUCUGCUGAGGCGGGAUACUUUGUGGCAAAGAUCAGGGCUGUAGACGCAGACUCUGGAUACAAUGCGCUGCUUUCUUAUCACCUCUCUGAGCCCAAAGGAAACAACCUCUUCCGGAUCGGAACCAGCAGCGGAGAAAUCAGGACUAAAAGGAGAAUGAGUGACAAUGACCUGAAAACUCACCCCUUGGUGGUGUUGGUUUCUGAUAACGGAGAACCCUCCCUGUCAGCUACUGUGUCUAUUGAUGUGGUGGUGGUUGAAAGCACAGCUGACAUCCAGACUCAGUUCAGACAUGUGCCCACAAAGGAGGAGAGCUUCUCAGAUUUUAACCUGUAUCUGCUGAUCGCCAUUGUGUCGGUGUCAGUGAUCUUUCUGCUGAGCCUCAUCAGUUUAAUAGCUGUCAAAUGCCACAGGACAGACGGCAGUUUCAGCAGGUACAGCGCCCCAAUGAUCACCACCCACCCUGACGGGAGCUGGUCUUACUCUAAAUCUACUCAGCAGUACGACGUGUGUUUCAGCUCAGACACAAUGAAGAGUGACGUAGUGGUUUUCCCCGGACCGUUUCCGCCUGUAGAUGGUGAACUGAUCAGUAUUAACGGAGGAGACACUUUUACCAGAACUCAGACUUUACCCAACACAGACAAGGUAAGACAUUAA